GGUGGUCAGUUCCUGGGAAGGCUGCCCUUCUAACAGAGCGAGGUGUUUUGUGCGGAGCCUUCGGUCUCCAGACCCCCAGGGAGCGGGGAGCGAGCUUCAGGUAGUGCAAGUCACAGACUGGUGAAUGCCUGAGCUGGCUCUCCCCGCACACCAUCUGGUCAGGUCCCCGAGUAGCCUGAGAGGUGGGAUUAACUUCACUUUACAGAUGAGGCCCCUGACACCCCGCAGUGUAAAUGGCUCAUCUGGCGUUGUGUGGCUGUGAGGAUGGCCACACCUCUGGAGCAGGCAUUGGCUGCUGUCAUGUGCACCUUCCAGAAAUACGCAGAAAUCUCAGGGGACAAGCACCGGCUCUGCCAGGCAGAGCUCAAGGAGCUGCUACAGAAGGAGCUGCCCACCUGGACCCCGGUGGGGCUCCGGGAGUGUGACUACAGUGCAUUCAUGAGUGUCCUGGACACCAACAAAGACUGUGAAGUGGAUUUCGUGGAAUACGUGCGCUCCCUCGCCUGCCUCUGCACCUUCUGCCACGACUACUUCAAGGACGGUGCCCCUGUGACCCCCUGCUCCCAGUAGGCUCUGCCCCCGAGGCCAGGGGCUGUCCCCCCCCCCCCCCCCCCCCCCCCCCCGUCCUGCACCCCAUUCCACCCUGAAUAAAGUGCUGGUGUCACGUG